AUGAAGAACUACCUCGUUGAGCGCGAGCUCGCGCAUGCCUUGUAUGGCCGCGUGCUUCUUUGUCGCGACAGCACGCAGCGGGUCGUUGUCAAGCGGCUCGACCUGCGCGCGGCCGCCGAGCGCCGGUCGGUCGACGACGGGCGCCUCGUCGCCGAGGACGCGACCAUGGAGAAGCACGUGCACGGACUCCUCGCCCACGACCACAUUGUCGCGCUCCACGAGACCUUUUGCGCCGACGGCUUUGAGCAUUUUGUCAUGGAGUAUUGUCCGCGCGGCGAGCUCUUCCAGGAGCUCCAGCGCCAGCCGUCGCACCGCUUCGAGCCCACGCGCGCGCACGACUGCUUCAUCCAAGUCGCGACCGCCGUGGCCUUUAUGCACGAACGCGGCUUCGCGCACUGCGACCUCUCGCUCGAGAACGUCUUUGUCGAUGCAGCCUUCAACUGCAAGGUCGGCGACUUUGGCCUCGCGGCGCCGACGGCCGCGCGCAAGCAGACGCCGGUCGGGAAGCGCAUCUACAUGGCGCCCGAGAUGCUCUCGCCGGGCGGCUACGCGCCCGAGAAAGCCGACGUGUGGGCACUCGGCAUCAUGCUCUUCAUCAUGCUCACGGGCUGCCCGCUCUUUGGACGCGCCGACGACAGCGACAGCGUCUUCCGCUACGUGCAGGCGCAUGGCCUCGCCGGCGUCCUCCGCGGCUGGAAGCUCGACCACCUCGUGAACAAAGACUGCCUCCACCUCCUCAAGAAGCUGCUCGAUACCGACCCCAAGCGCCGCCCCGCGAUGAAGGCAGUCAUGAAGCACCCAUACGUGCGCGACGGCCUCCGGUUCGUUGAGAUCACCGACCACGUUGGUCGGUUCUUCAAAGCGCUUUGGACGACGCCUCGAGAUUGGCGCCGGUCCGAGUCGUCCAAUCAAGCGGCCAAGAAGCGGCCACCGCGCUCGAGUAUUUAUUAACCACACAAGGAAUACAGUGGUAUCCAU